UCCUCAAACAGAGUCCCUCAGUUCUGCCUUGGGGUGUUUACUGGAGCUGCAUGACCAUCAUCAGGACUAAGGUUUUGCCAACUGCCUGGAACAGAAAAAAUAUAUGGUUUGAUGAGGGUCUUUAUUUUGGAUUUGUUGUGGAUUGUAUAGGUGAAGCCGAGGGGUAACCCAGAGAAUGGCUGUUCAGACUGCAAUCAUGAACUCACAGUUCAUGAAUUUCUGUUUCCCUGGAUCUGUUAUGGAGUAUGACAUGGAGAAAAGUCUGGAUGGGAGUCUUCUUGGCGAGGUGGAGAGUGAGGGAGACUGCAGGGAGACCACAAGGGAUCUCCUGAGCUUCAUAGACUCAGCCUCCAGUAACAUCAAACUGGCGCUCGACAAACCAGUCAAGUCAAAAAGGAAAGUCAACCACCGCAAGUAUCUGCAAAAGCAGAUCAAGAGGUGCACUGGAAUCAUUACAACAGGGACCACAGCUCAAAGCCCAGCAAAAAGACAAGGCUCUUUAUCCCCUCUGUCCAGUCCAUUCCAGGGUAAAACUCUUCUAAAGCGAGAUGGAGUCCAAGCCAACCUGCAGACUAAGAGCUUGGCAGCACUCUUUAGCCCUGUGAAAGACAUUCGGGGUGAGAAAGCCAAGAAACCGCCUCUGAGGCAUCGCAACCUGCCCCCCUCCUUUUUCACAGAGCCUGCCAACAGCUCCAGAGUCACCUCUAUGUCUGGUAUGAGCCUGAAGGACCUGGAGCGUGGCAACCCUGAGGCGACAGACUUCUUUGAACUACUUGGUCCUGACUACAGCAACAUGGUCACUGAGCAGGACCUGUUUCAGAGUGUUCCAUCUAGGGUUCAUCUUGAGAUGGCAGGUUUGGAUCCUGCUGCCUACGACCCUCACCACUUGGUAGGUGGCUUCCUCUAUGCUGAGCCAUGGGGCACAUGCACUGGCCCCACUAAGAGACCCGUGGUGCAGCCCCCUGGGUAUAACCACUUAGACUCCUCAAUGUCUGGGCCUUUGGAGGAGAACACACUGAGCGCACUGGCCUUCCCAAACAUCUUCCCUGAUUCCUCUCUCCCACAGGUUACUUAUGAUUUAAAUAGUGGUUACAACAGAGCCAGCUUUCAAGCUCUUUAAGACACAGCUUUGAUGUUGAUUUUAAACCUGGACAUUGAAAAUGAUGAAAGUAUCUUUCUUCAUGUCAUCAUGCAUAGAUAAUGUUAAACUAGAACUGAAGAUAUUUUUUCCAUGGGGAAAAUCACAAUUAUUUUAAGUAUCAGAAUAUACUUCACUUGACCAUGGUAAAUGUGUGCCAUCAAAAUGUAAUCAUUGAAUAGUUUUCUUAAAUGGACUCAAAUUAACACUGUUUGUUAAUAACUGAUUCACAAAAAAGAUAUCUGUAUCUAAGACUUGACUGCUAUUUGGUCAAAGUUUUAUUUUAUUUUGCCACCCAUAAUAAGCUUCAGGGUACUGUAUAUCACGUAUUUACAAAUGAAACUUUCAAAGACACAUUUGUAUGAAUUGUACUUCAGUUUAUAAAGUAACACUGUAUAAAGCAUAAAUCAGGGUUUAUUGCUGUAAAACUAACAUUUGUCUAAAUUAGGUAAAUCCAUGGAGCUAGCAUCAUCACAUCUGACAGAGACGUGUACAGACAUUAAAAAGUAUGAUGCCAAUUUUGUUUUUAAAUCAUGUUUCACUGCUCAGAUAUGUUGAAAAAUAUGUAAACAAUAAAAUAUGCACACUGCAGAUGUACUGUAUAGCUAAACAAUUGUUUUUACUGGAGGACAAUUUCCUUUCUAUAAACCUGGGUUUUCAGUGAACAUGUAUU